UGCUAAGCUACUGCACCAACACGGACAUGUUUCUCCGACGCACUUGUGCGAAGACGCAACGAUUGAAAUGGCUGUUACACUUCACACGGAUCUAGGAGACAUUAAAAUUGAAUUGUUUUGUGAGCGGACACCGAGAGCAUGUGAGAAUUAUCUUGCCUUGUGUGCCAGUGGGUUCUACAACGGCUGCGUCUUCCACCGAAAUAUUAAAGGUUUCAUGGUUCAAACUGGAGAUCCUACAGGCACAGGCAAAGGAGGAACAAGUAUAUGGGGUCGCAAAUUUGAAGACGAGUACAGUGAACACCUAAAACAUAAUGUCAGAGGAGUGGUGUCAAUGGCGAACAAUGGCCCCAACACAAACGGCUCCCAGUUCUUCUUCACAUACGCCAAACAGCCCCAUCUGGACAUGAAGUACACAGUGUUUGGAAAGAUUAUCGAUGGCCUGGAAACACUGGACGAACUGGAGAAGCUGCCUGUCAAUGAAAAGACGUUCCGACCACUGACUGAAACCAGAAUAAAGGAUGUGACCAUUCAUGCCAACCCUUUUGCUGUAUAGAUAGCUUUCUCUUCAAAUAUGUGGAUGGGCCUUUAACACACACUCUGAUAUUGCCAAUAAGCCUGUUGAUACACUGUAUAGUACAUUGUUAGUUAAUUUGGAUAACUUGUCAGAGAGAGAAAGCCCCUAGACAUCAAAAACGAACAGGGCACUGACGCUGAAACUGUAAGAAGCUUAUUUGUCUGAACAAAAGUUUGUUUUACACCAACAUUUUCCAAAGUGUGACCCAGAAUUUCAAUGUAAUUUGAGUUCAAAAACUUUUAAGAAAUGGUGUGCACCCCCUUCAGACCCAUCUCAGUGUGACAGAGCCUUUGUAAUGAACAAUUAGAGGUUAUUCUUCACCUUUUCAUCUUCAUGCAGUCACAUUUCAGUCCAUCAAAAACACGCCUGACUUUGUAUGGCUGCACUGCUGUACAGAUUCCAAUCUUUUUUCUUAGUAGGUUGUAAAUAAAUUACCAAUGUUUUGUACUGAAUAAAACUUUAAGAAUUAA